UGUAGGGGGGUUAGGCCACUGGUCACACCCCCAAACCAGAGCCUUCGCUGCACUGAGGGCUCUGCCAUCAGGAAGUGGGGCACACAGGCACUAAGGGGGUCAGUUGGAGAGUGCCCUGGACACCAGCUGCUACUCUGGGGGUGUCUGGGACCAAGGACAAUCCAGCCAGGAUCUGCACCCCCUGCCCCGAAUCCUGGCUGCUCGGGCUGACACCUGGCAGAUGUGCUUUCUCAGGUAUGGGCGAGGGCUGGGUGCCAUGAAGCCAGUGCGGGUUGUUACUCUUUGCUGGGUGCUACUGCUGGUGUCCAGGCUGGGGGCCACCAGGAAGGAAUCCCCAGAAGAGGCCUCCUUCUACUAUGGAAACUUCCCACUUGGCUUUUCCUGGGGUGUGGGCAGUUCCGCCUUCCAGACUGAGGGCGCCUGGGACCAGCAUGGGAAAGGGCCCAGCAUCUGGGACACCUUCACGCACAGCGGCAAGGGGAACGUGCUCGGGGACGAGACAGCAGACGUGGCCUGCAACAGCUACUACAAGGUCCAAGAGGACGUCGCUCUGCUGAGGGAGCUGCAUGUUAGCCACUACCGCUUCUCCCUCUCCUGGCCCCGGCUCCUGCCCACGGGCGUCCGAGCUGACGGGGUGAACAGAAAGGGAAUCCAGUUCUACAGUGACUUCAUCGAUGCCCUUCUGAAGAGCAACAUAACCCCCAUCGUGACCUUGCACCACUGGGAUCUCCCACAGCUGCUCCAGGCCAAGUACGGCGGGUGGCAGAACGUGAGCAUGGCCAACUACUUCAGUGAUUAUGCCAACCUGUGCUUUGAGGCUUUUGGGGACCGUGUGAAACACUGGGUUACUUUCAGUGAUCCUCGGACAAUGGCAGAAGAGGGCUACGAGACGGGCCACCACGCACCUGGCCUGAAGCUCCAGGGCACGGGCCUGUACAAGGCGGCACAUCAUGUCAUUAAGGCCCACGCCCAGGUCUGGCACGCCUACAACGACACGUGGCGCAGCCAGCAGCAAGGUCUGGUGGGGAUUUCAUUAAACUGCGACUGGGGGGAACCUGUGGACCUCAGUAACCCCAAGGACAUAGAGGCUGCUGAGAGAUACCUACAGUUCUGCCUGGGCUGGUUUGCCAACCCCAUUUACGCCGGAGACUACCCCCAAGUCAUGAAGGACCAUAUCGGAAGAAAGAGUGCAGAGCAAGGCCUGGAAAUGUCGAGGUUGCCAGUGUUCUCACUCCAGGAGAAGAGCUACAUUAAAGGCACAUCUGACUUCUUGGGCUUAGGCCAUUUUACGACUCGGUACAUCACGGAAAGGAACUAUCCUUCUGGCCAGGGGCCCAGCUACCAGAAUGAUCGUGACUUAGUAGAACUGGUUGACCCGAACUGGCCUGACCUGGGAUCUAAAUGGCUAUAUUCUGUGCCAUGGGGAUUUCGGAGGCUUCUCAACUUUGCUCAGACUCAAUACGGCAAUCCACUCAUAUAUGUGACAGAAAAUGGAGCGUCUCAAAAAUUACACUGUACCCAAUUGUGUGAUGAGUGGAGAAUUCGAUAUCUUAGAGGAUACACAAACGAAAUGCUAAAAGCUAUCAAAGAUGGUGCUAAUGUAAAAGGGUAUACUUCCUGGUCUCUGUUGGAUAAGUUUGAAUGGGAGAGAGGAUACUCAGACAGAUAUGGAUUCUACUAUAUUGAUUUCAACAAGAAAAAUAGGCCGCGCUAUCCAAAGGCUUCAGUUGAAUAUUACAAGAGGAUUAUCACUGCCAAUGGGUUUCCCAAUACGAGAGAGGUGGAAAGUUGGUACUUCAAAGCCUUGGAAAUUUGCUCUAUCAACAACCAGAUGCUUGCUGCAGAGCCUUUGCUAAGUUACAUGCAGACUGUGACGGAGAUCGUGGUACCGACAGUCUGCACCCUCUGUAUACUAAUCGCUGCAGUUCUCCUGAUGCUUCUCCUGCGGAGUCUGAGCUGAGACGCGGUCACCUGUUUUGCAGCUGCAUCUUUCAGAGAGAACCAUCAGGAUCUUCCUCAGCUUCUUUCUCCUUCAAAGGCUCAGGCACAUCUCUGUUUUCAGGUUUUGUGAUAAUUACCUUCCCAUUACCUCUGUCCAUUUUUUGCGGGGGGGAGGGCAGUUAGAGCUAGGAUUUAAGAAUCAGAAAAUUAAGUGUAAAUGAAAUAAAAAUCACCUGUAAUCUC